UGAAGUGCACAAUAGAAGCCGAGUUUGAGAGGCCACUGCCGCACCGGUGUCAUGACUGUGAUGUUUGGGCGAAGCAAUCCCGGCAGCAUUAUACCCACGCCACAUUGACUUCAUUAUCAAGAACACACCAGACAAUGGACAAGAAAUAUAUGUAAGUGUGUGUACUCAUUUCAGUGCUCCUGUCUACUCGAAACAUUUCCACUGACAUGUAUGUAGACACACUGUUAGCACACAGCUUUGACUAUCCUCAAGCCAUGUACUCCCAGAACAUUUACUGUUCGCACAAGCUCGGUCCAUUGUCUACCGUCGCCAUGGUGGGUCUGCGUACACGGGAACCCUCGCACACGAGCUCCUGUUACUACGACGAGGAAGUAUUCCGCCUUCAAAAUGCUACAACCCUGGAGUUCCACAACGCGCGAAGCAUGCAUUACAACAGCAUGCUCACUGUGGAGACCGAUAUCAUCAGCCGUGUUCUCGAUAUCCGAAAUAAAUAUCCGCCAUGCGUGCAAAGCCACCGUGCUCUCGAUGCGGCUAGCCAACCCCACAGCGCAGCUCCCCCGCGACCCACUAGUGAACGCACGUCAAGCAACGCCAGCGGUCGAAUUCCGCAGACAGCUCUCUCGACGACCACUUCUUCGAAAGCGGACAGGGCGCUAACACUCCGCUUUACUGCGUCCAGCAAGCUGUAGCCAUGUCGGAUCGCGCGUCCAGUGAAGCGGCGCGGAUUCAUGCUGAGACGAGCGACCAGGAUGUGGAUAGGUGCGGAUUCUGGGUCUGAACUACGUUGACCGCGAUGCGUGGGCCCAGCCGAUGAGCGCUGGUAUAAGUGCGGCUCCCUGCUAUAACGUCUGUUCUACCAAGCCUCACUUCUUCCUGGAUC